CGACAAGUAUGUGAAACCCACUUCCUGGUAAACAAAAACUAGAAGAAGUUUCCAUUUGAGUAGCUGUUAUGACAGCUGUGUUUCCAUAGAUGUAGAGAGCAACAAUUUCUCAAUGGGUAAUCAGCUGACAGGUAUAGCACCUUCACAGAUACUUCCGGUGGAACAGUAUCUGACAGACCUGCCAGAUCUCGAGUUCGACAACAGUUUGGGAAGUACAAGAUUUUUCAAGGUUGCCAAGGCGAAGAGUAAGGAAGGAAAUGUAGUAGUGAAAGUGUUUGUUAUCCAUGAUCCAUCUCUGCCGUUAUCUUCAUAUAAAACCAGACUUGAGGAGAUAUGUGUGAACUUGAAGGGGACAUCAAAUUGUAUACCAUUUCAGAAGUCUGUGCAACAAGAAAAGGCAGCUCUGUUGUACAGGCAGUAUGUUAAGGACAGUUUGUAUGACAGAAUCAGUACACGACCAUUCUUGAAUACAGUUGAGAAGAAAUGGAUUGCUUGUCAACUCCUCUGUGCCCUAAACCAGUGUCAUAAGUUAAAGGUGUGUCAUGGUGACAUAAAGUCUGAGAAUGUGAUGAUAACUGGCUGGAACUGGUUACUGCUUACAGACUUUGCCAGCUUCAAACCUACCUAUCUACCUGAUGAUAACCCAUCAGAUUUCUCAUACUUCUUUGACACAUCUAGACGGAGAACAUGCUACAUUGCUCCAGAGAGAUUUGUCGACAGCAGUUCUCGUAAUGUAGAGGUCACAGGUCAAGGUCAGAAUCUUGACCUUACUGCUACUGGUGAAGUGAAAACAGGUGACCUUACACCUGCCAUGGAUAUUUUCUCUGCAGGAUGUGUGAUAACAGAGUUGUUCACAGAAGGUAGCCCACCAUUUGAUCUGUCUCAGCUACUUUCCUACAGAAACAGAGAAUACAGUCCGUGGAAAAUAUUGGAGAAAAUAGAAGAUACCAAUGUUAGGUCGGUAUUAGACGACUGGUUUAAACGAGAGAGAGAAAAUUCCUGGCCAGGCGUAGAUGUCCUGAAUGCAAUAAAGGAAACAGGUGUAUUUGUUGUAUCUGUUGGGCGGUCCGGUAGUAAAGAGGAGACCUUGCAAUGGAGAAUUUCGUUAACACUUGCAGAAAGAUCUCUGGUACGCUCAUUCAAUGACACGCAGGUAAAGGUGUAUGCUGCAUUGAAAAUGCUAGUAAAACAUGAACUGAAACCGAUCUGUGCAAAUAUCACUUCAUACAUAGUGAAAAAUGUGAUCUUCUGGGUGUUUGAAAAGAGAUCAGGCACUGUUCAGAGAAACGAAUUCGUUGGGAUAUUAUUGCUGACGCUGGUAUACUUGAAAGAUUGUAUAUGUUUUGGAUGUCUUCCGAAUUACAUGAUUCCGUUCAGGAAUUUGCUACGAGGAUUGUUAUCACAAGUGGAAGCACGUGCUUUGAGAGAGCAUCUCGAUAUUUUGAUUACAGAAGAUUCGAAUGUUCUACUUCGUUGCCCUUUGGUAUACAAAAUGGCUGAACUACUGGAGGAUGCUCUUAAGGAGAGAUUGUUAUUUAGGAAACUGUCGGAAGAGCUGUUUCUUGCAUUUUUCUCUGUUCCACCGCAUGAAUUUGACAAAAUUGAACAUUCAUUGCAUUUGGCACGGAACCCCGAUGAAUGCUUUCAGAAGUACGUCAAGCUUGUGUUACCAGUAAUACGAGAGCCAAAUCCUUUCGGUACAUUCCCUCUUUUGAAAACAAUGGCGGAUGAGGAAAUCCAAAGCCGGUUGUAUGAAGGAUUCAGUCGUGGCUAUGAUAACAUGUGGAUGGAAUAA